AUCGGCUUCAAAAAAUGUGGCGGUCGAUCGCGACUGCACCGCGACGAGUGGCGCUGGGCCGCCCGUCGUUGGAUCAUGUGCGUCGUCAGAUGUCGUCAGCGUCUCCAUACGCCUUGCGAAGUUCGAUCUUCAUCCCGACCACGAAAGAAGUACCGGCGGAUGCGGCCAUUCCGAGUCACCAGUUGCUCCUACGUGCAGGAUUCAUGCGCAAAUCGUCGAAUGGGAUCUACAUGAUGCUUCCAUUGGCACUGCGGUCGCUGGCGAAGUUGGAGGCUAUCAUCGACAACCACAUGCAUGCGAUUGGGUGCUCCAAGCUGAGCAUGCCGAACCUACUUCACAACGAACUGUGGAAGGAAACGGGACGGUGGGAAUCCAGCGGCCCUGAGCUCUUCCGCGUCCAUGACCGACGCGACGUCGCGCACUGCCUUGGACCUACCCACGAAGAAGUGUUCACGUCUCUGGUCGCGUCCACCGUCACGUCCCCAAAAGCUCUCCCCCUGCGGCUGUACCAAAUUGGCCGCAAGUUUCGCGAUGAAAUCCGACCUCGAUUUGGCUUGCUGCGUGCGAAAGAAUUCAUUAUGAAAGACGCAUACACGUUCGACGUGGACCGAGAGGGUGCUGAGGUCACGUACAACUUGAUGGUUCAGGCUUACCACGCCAUUUUGAACGAACUCGACGUACCCAUUGCCCAAGUCGAAGCAGACACGGGCAACAUCGGCGGAAGUUUGUCGCACGAGUUCCACGUACUGUCUGGAUUCGGUGAAGAUGCGAUUCUGUCAUGCGGCACUUGCGACUAUGCUGCCAAUGUGGAGAAGGCCCGCGGUGUUGUCCGGGACUCGCCGACCCAACCCGCGACCUUUGCCGAUGUUGUCGACCAAAUCGCCGACUCUGUGGUCAUUUCGUACUACCACGAAGCAUUGGGAUCUUCAACACGCGUGGUGGCCAUUUUGACCCCGGCAGGUCGAGAAGUGAAUGUUCUUGCUUUGAAGGCGCAUUCCGUCGAGGUCGACAACUUGACGCCCUGCUCGGCCGCUUCCAUCGAUUCCUCGUUGCCCGUGCAAUACUUUAUCGAUUCCGCCGUGGCUGUCCAUGGAGCGCCCGCGACGGCCAUCGUGGGCGAAUUUCGCCAGGCCAAGGAGCACGACGGAUGCCCCAACUGUGCGGAAGGAGUUCUAGCUGCGAAACGAGGGAUUGAAGUCGGGCAUGUGUUUUACUUGGGCGACAAGUACUCCAAAACCCUUGGUGCAAACUUUAUCGAUUCGUCGAAUCAUUCCCAACCCAUGGUGAUGGGCUGCUACGGCAUGGGUGUCACCCGCCUUCUCGCGGCGGCCGUGGAAAGCCUCCACGACUCGCAUGGGAUCGUGUGGCCACAAGCGAUCGUGCCAUAUCGUGUGGUUGUCGUAGGUUUCGCCAAGAAAGCAGACGAUGAUGUUGCUGUUGCUGCCAGGGCCAUGGCUAGCACGUUGGCGUCAGUGUGGCCCGACGAUGUCGUGCUGGACGAUAGAUGGGGCGAACGGCCUGGGUUGAAGCUGACCGAAGCAGAGCUCAUUGGGUACACAUGGCGCGUGGUGUUUGGAAAGCGGUUUGCCACGGAAGGACUGGUCGAAGUGCUGUAUCGACCAACGAUGCAAGUUGACCACGUGCCAGUAGACCGCGUCCAAGCCCUCAUCCAACAAAAGCAUUAAGAUAAAGUUAUCAUUGCAAGUUACAAACGAGUGGAUAAGGCGUGCGUUCAAC